UACCAUUUCUACAAGAUGAAGGCUAUGGUGCUAGGGAUGCUUUUACUCUCUCUCUUUAUGGCCGUGUCUGAAGUAAAAUCUGAAAGAAGUCCUGUUAGACUCUGUGGAAGAGAGUUUGUAAGAGCCGUCGUCUUUACUUGUGGAGGAUCUCGUUGGAGAAGGCAACUGACUCACUUUCCAGAAGGUGUCUCAGAUCAAGAAAACCAUCCACAUUUACUACUUGAUUUUAAUGACGCUACAGGUGCCAGUGAAAAUGAAGUCCAGAAGCCUGAAUUCCAAAGCAAUGAAUUUACCCAACCCAGUUCCGAGGCUGAAAGAGAUCUGUGGGGCAAGGAACAAAAGUCUAUACAAAAAAGGCACGAUGAUGUCAUGCGGCUCAUAAUCUCUUGCUGUGCUGUUGGCUGCAGUGAAAGCACUCUAAGUUCACUGUGCUAAAAAUGAAUCAGAUGGUGGCAUGGAUGCUAUGUCAUAGCUACAAUAC